AUGUCCAGAUCACCACAACCUUCCAAUACUCUCCUCCUUCGCCGCCAAUUAGCAGAGCUCACAAAGCACCCAGUUGAAGGUUUCUCAGCAGGACUCGUCAACGAUGAUAACUUGUAUGAAUGGGAAAUUCUGAUCAUCGGUGAAGGAGGCUUCUUUAAGGCGCGACUGUCCUUCCCUCCUGAGUUCCCACUACUACCGCCCAAGAUGCGCUUUACGACGCAAAUGUACCAUCCAAACAUUUACCCCGAUGGAACAGUCUGUGUGUCAAUAUUACAUGCCCCUGGCGAUGACCAGUACGGAUAUGAAGACGCAGGGGAGAGGUGGAUGCCAGUACACACUUUGAUCAGCGUAAUUUCUCUUCUAUCGUCUGACACACCAAAUCUGGACAGUCCCGCCAAUGUGGAUGCCGCCAAGGAAGUUCGCACAGACCUGGAGGGAUACAGGAAGAAAGUUCGGCGACUAGUCCGCAGAAGUGCUGAGGAGGCAUUCGAUUAAUGAACCUUCGCUCGGUCUUGCUUUCUGUACGCUGCAUUUCCCCUUCCCUUAUGCAUCAUGAUGUUGCCUGCAUACACAUUAUUCUGUUUCUAGUUGUGUUUUAUUAUAACGAUCUCAUUACUUUCCAUUC